GCUCUUCAAGGUUUUCUUUUCUGUUGAUGUUCUUCGUUGACAUUCUUCGCCAACUGGAAGCGCUUAAAUAGCUUAAAACAAUCCUGACUAUUUAUAACUCCGGAGCGGUUUCGUCCUUCUCUGACGGCUUAGUUUGAAACUGACGACAAGUGAACGCCAGAGAUGGAUUUUCUUGGCUUUCUUGUGCUGAUGUUUUGCCACUUGUCACAGGCUUUCCCUGCUCCAGUAGACACCGUCAUCGUUCAGUUCCAGCAGUGGGGAGUGGUGGGAGAUCAGCGGUUCACAGGCCAGGUCCUUCUCAAUGGAGUCUCUCUCUCUGGCACGAGUCAGGGUGUCAGCAGCCUUAUCCAAACCAUGUCAGCUGAUGCACUCCUUCCGGCUCUUCUUAGCGUCAACAAGACUUCAGCAAUGGGCAACCACACCGUCCUUCAUUCUCGAGAAUGCGUACUGGAGGGGUCUCAGCUGCACUGGGUGGACCGUGUGUUCUAUGAUGGCAAGGUCUAUCUGACUCUGGACCACAAUGACAUGUGGACAGUGCACGAGCCCCAAGCGCUGACCCUCAAAGUGCUGUUGGAGCAGGAAAUGCGGCGCACAAAGGCUGAGAGGAUCCACCUACAGGAGAGCUGCGUUAAGCUGAUGAGAGAAUUGAGGCUCUCUGAGGAACGGUCAGCUCCAGGGGUUCCCUUGCCUCAGUUUCUGAUCCCAAUCUUGGCUCUUCUGGCAUUUACUGGACUAAUUGUCAUCAGCCUCCUUAUCUCCAAGAGGAAGGGUUUGAGGCACCCUGGAGGUGUUGUUGGCUCCAUUAUACAUUAUCCCAAGGAUAUGACUGCAGUGACUCCAGAGAGAAACAGCUGUGGUGGUUACCAUACCUUAGUUUCGGCUGAAUAACAGGCUCCUUUUUCGAGGACUCUUGUGUGUUUCUACUGUCCAUGUCCAGCCAGUGACUUAACCCCUCCCUACUGGACGGUGUUGCUCCGUGAAUGUAACCACAUCUUUGCUGUCUUACCAAAAUCCCACUGAAGUGAAACUUACAGUGUGAAAAUACUUGUGCUCUGAAUUUCAGGCCAUACUGUUGUAGACACAUGUAUCACACUGGUGCUUUUAUUGCAUAUUUUAAAAAAAAUAUGGAUGCAUAUACGCAUGUACACACAUACACGGAGAUGUAAAUAGUUUCACUGCCUGCUGUAAUGUAAAAACUGCUUCUUGGCCAAGUUGUGACAAUGCAACAAGCUAUUUCACAGUAAUCAGGCAGUGUUUGUUUUGAUGAGCCAAUCACAGUAAAACUCUGCGCACUUAAUCUUACUUGCAGAGAAAUGUAUAUUUUCUUCUGUCUGUACAUUCUUGUAAUUAUCUUUAUCCAGUUCUUCUCUGUUCCGUCCAUGUAAUGUUUGUAGAGAUACGAAGAUAUUUUUAUGACAGAGUUUAGAAAAAGAAAUCAACAGUAUUUUUCUCCCUUUUUCUGGGAGACAGGAUGAUUGUGUGAACUUCUCACUCAGCUACUGAAAAUAAAUGCCUUAUGUACUUUUUUUUUUUUUUUUUUUUCCCAGCUUUUAGUAUAAACUGGAGCACUUAAUGCAAACUCUCCCUGUAGCCCACAUAUUUAAUUUUGUUUGUACAUUAUCUUAUGAAAAGUGGUGAAUUUGCAAUGCAUUAAAGAUCAGAUGUAAUAUGUAUUUGAUACAGUUCAAUCAGAGACAAAGUGUUUCCUUUUAAAUGCUUAGUGGGCCUGUAUCGCAUUCAUCCCAUUAUGAUGCGUUGAAGAAAGCUGUGCUGGAUUACACUUAUGUCAGGGCUGAGUUGACAAUAAAGUACACAGUUAAAGUGA